AUGGAGCAUCUGGUGCAAAUGGUCGACCUGGAUCGAGAGGCCCAAAGGGAAAUGAAGGAGACAGAGGAGCUCCAGGAGCUAAUGGACCACCGGGCUUCUCAGGGUCUCAAGGUCCUCCUGGACAAAGGGGCCCCUCUGGCAUUCCCGGUGCAGCUGGCGAGUCUGGAGACCCAGGAUUCCAAGGUGGCAAAGGAUCGACUGGUAAUGAUGGGGAGGAUGGUCUUCGUGGACCUGCCGGACAGCCCGGAAUCCCAGGAGAGAGAGGAGCUACCGGACCAGUGGGGAACCAGGGUCCACCUGGUGUGUUUGGUGCACCUGGACCUCACGGGGAAGCUGGAGCUGCAGGCCCCACUGGACCAGCUGGAAACCAGGGGUCUAGAGGUCCCCCAGGAAAGCCAGGUUUUCCUGGACCAAAGGGAAAACUGGGGCCGAAAGGAGCAGAUGGGCCAAAUGGUGAUAUUGGUCCAACUGGAGAACCGGGACUACCAGGUCGUAAUGGUUUGGCUGGACCUGUUGGGCUACCUGGCACAGAGGGAGGAACUGGAGCACCUGGUGCACAGGGAAAUGCAGGCCCUGCUGGUCCACAAGGAGCAAGGGGACCGCAAGGCCCUAGAGGACCCAAGGGACCACGAGGUCCCACAGGCACACCAGGCCCAUCAGGUGACGAGGGAGAUGCUGGACCAGAUGGUGCACCAGGACGUCCAGGACCACGUGGAGAGAACGGAGCUAGUGGUGCAGCAGGCUUUCCCGGAGAAGAGGGUGAUGCAGGAGAGCAGGGACCUCCUGGGCCAGUGGGACCAGCUGGGAACAAGGGACAGUCUGGACCUCAGGGAGUUCAAGGACCUCCAGGACCCCAAGGACAAGCCGGAGAGAUUGGUCCUCGAGGACCAGCUGGAGAGCAGGGUCCCAGUGGAGAUCGGGGAUCCGUGGGCUCAAUGGGAGCACCAGGGAAGCCAGGAACGCCCAGCCCACAGGGAAACAGAGGCCAGAGUGGACAGCAGGGUCUUCCUGGACCUGCAGGCCCACCUGGACAGCCUGGACCAACUGGACCUAAAGGACCACUUGGAAAUGCUGGAACACCGGGUGCCAAGGGAGCACGAGGGCCUCCUGGACAAGCUGGUCCUCAAGGUCCACGGGGCUCCAUUGGUGCACGGGGUAGUGUUGGAAAGCCUGGAGAUGCUGGAGGAGCUGGUAAGCCAGGAGCUGAUGGUGAGAAGGGAAGACCUGGGCCAGCAGGAGAACAAGGAUUCCCUGGGAACACCAGGACUAGCUGGACAGAAGGGAGAAAGGGGAGAUGCAGGCCCAGAUGGAGCCAAGGGGCAGAAUGGAGAAGAUGGAGUAAAGGGGGAGAAGGGAAGACUGGGUACACCAGGAGCAAAGGGACCAAGGGGACCCAAGGGUGCACCAGGAAGGCCCGGUAUCCCUGGUUCUAAGGGGUUGCCUGGUGGUCAGGGGAUGGAUGGAAUGAAGGGCAGGACAGGCCCGACCGGACACCCUGGAGUUCCUGGGCAAUCAGGACCACGAGGUGAAGCUGGGGGUCCUGGAUCAGAUGGUGGAGUGGGAAGUGUUGGUGCCAAGGGACCCAUCGGAGACCCUGGCCCAGCUGGGACACUUGGAGAGGCUGGUGGACCGGGUGAAGUUGGACCACAAGGCCAGCAUGGAGCGACAGGAGACAGAGGAGAGAAGGGCAUGAGAGGGUCAAAGGGAGAUCCAGGUCUGCAGGGACCAGUGGGAAUGGUUGGAGACCCAGGGCCAAAGGGAAACCAGGGACCACAGGGGCUGCAGGGACCCGAGGGACCUAAAGGGUUCCAGGGUUUACUAGGGCCUCAAGGUGAAACAGGCCCGGAAGGUCAGAAGGGAUCGCAGGGUGAUACUGGAAAUGAGGGAAAUACUGGACCAAAGGGUUUCAUUGGACUCUCAGGUCCCCCUGGUCCACCGGGUGACUCUGCCAAGGGUCCGGUGUUCUAUAGAGGAGAUGACGAUGAAGCCGUCCACUUCAACAAAAUCAAAGAGCAAUUCCUGUAUGUGGAGCUGAUAGCUCUGCAGGAAGAGAUCUCAAGACUGCAGUCCGCAUCACCCUCUCGCACCUGCCAGGACAUUCUGCUGGAGCAUCCGGCUGCCAGCAGUGGCAACUAUGAAAUCGAUCCCAACCUGGGCUCCCCUAAAGACUCUAUCAAGUCUUACUGUGAUUUUGAUGGGCCUGCUCCCAAGACAUGUGUGGACAAUUCCACUGCUGAGUCCCAGCUCAUGCAUCUCCAUCUGCUGCACACCCAAGUGGUCCAGAGUGUCCACUUGCCCUGCUCAGUACAGGGACCACUCAGCUUGUUGCCAUUUGAUGGAGACAGUAGUGUGGAGGUUGCACUCGGCAAGAGCAGCUCACUGGACAUCUCUGUUUCCACCUGCAGUCCUUUCACACUGACUAAAGAGGUACGAUUCUCAGCUCCCAAUGAACCACACCAGCUGCUCCCCUUCACUGCUGAGCCGAUCCACUCGGGCCACCACAGCUUCCGGUUCCAGGAAACCUGCUUUUACUAAGACCUCUAAUCAGUAUCACUGCAUUUAGACACGACAUAAUAUAGAGAAUACAUCGUGUUAUGUUCCACAAACGUUAUUGAUUGACGUUUAAUAUGAAAUCUAAAUCUCCCUUUUAAAAAGCAUGAAAUUA